AUGAAGACCGACUUCAAGUUCUCGAACUUGCUGGGUACUGUCUACUGCCAGGGCAACUUGCUCUUCAAUCCAGAUGGCACCCACCUCUUCUCACCAGUCGGCAACAGAGUGACUGUCUUUAAUCUAGUAGAGAACAAGUCCUAUACGCUACCCUUUGCUCAUCGCAAAAACAUUUCACGAAUCGGCCUCACACCCCGCGGCAAUCUCCUUCUCACCGUCGAUGAAGAUGGCCAAUCCAUCUUGACCAAUGUGCCUCGCCGAAUCCCAAUAUACCAUUUCUCUUUCCGUUCGCAGGUCACGGCGCUCUCCUUCUCUCCCUCGGGCAGACACUUUGCCGUUGGCCUCGGCCGUAAGAUCGAAGUAUGGCACGUCCCAUCCACCCCAGAUACCAAUGCCGAUGGCGAGCUCGAGUUUGCACCGUUCGUGAGACAUCAUAGACACACCGGUCAUUUUGAUGAUGUGCGACAUAUUGAAUGGUCAAGCGACUCAAGAUUCUUCCUCACAUCAUCGAAGGAUUUGACAGCAAGGAUAUGGAGUUUGGAUGCUGAAGAGGGUUUCACGCCGACGGUCUUGUCAGGCCACAAGCAAACCGUAAUUGGCGCCUGGUUUUCCGAGGAUCAGGAGACCAUAUACACCGUCAGCAAAGAUGGUGCUGUGUUCGACUGGCGCUACGUUAAACCCAUCAACCCAAAGGAAGACGAGGAGAUGCGCGACGAAGAUGACGAUUCCGACAUGCGAUGGAGAAUAGUACAGAGACAUUAUUUCAUGCAAGGCAGCGCCCAUGUAAGAUGCGCCGCCUUCCAUCCGGAAUCAAACCUCUUGGUGGCAGGCUUCUCCAACGGCAUCUUUGGACUUUACGAAAUGCCCGAUUUCAACAACAUCCACAAACUCAGCAUAUCUCAAAACGACAUUGACUUUGUCACAAUCAACAAGAGCGGAGAAUGGCUAGCAUUUGGCGCAUCAAAAUUGGGACAAUUACUGGUGUGGGAAUGGCAAUCAGAGUCAUACAUCUUGAAACAACAAGGCCAUUUUGACUCACUGAACUCGUUGGUAUACUCACCAGACGGACAGCGCGUCAUCACUACCGCCGACGACGGAAAGAUCAAGGUCUGGGACGUCGAAUCUGGUUUCUGCAUAGUCACAUUUACGGAGCACACUUCGGGCGUUACGGCAUGCGAGUUCGCCAAGAAAGGAAACGUACUCUUCACAGCCAGUUUGGACGGUUCCAUCCGAGCCUGGGAUCUGAUCAGAUACCGGAACUUCCGCACAUUCACCGCACCGACGCGACUGUCAUUCUCGUGUAUGGCAGUCGAUCCGAGUGGUGAAGUCGUCGCAGCAGGAUCUCUGGACUCGUUUGACGUCCACAUCUGGUCUGUGCAAACAGGGCAACUUCUGGACCAGAUGUCGGGUCAUGAGGGUCCCGUAACAGCAUUAGCCUUUUCACCAAAUGGCGACUCACUGGUCAGUGGUAGCUGGGAUCGCACUGCACGAAUUUGGUCCAUUUUCAAUCGAACACAGACGAGCGAGCCUCUCCAACUCCAGGCAGAUGUGUUGGACAUUGCGAUACGGCCAGACUCAUUGCAACUGGCCAUAUCAACACUCGAUGGCCAGCUCACUUUCUGGUCCAUGGCUGAUGCCGAGCAAGUCGCCGGUCUGGACGGCCGUCGUGAUGCUUCAGGAGGUCGUAAAUUCAGCGACCGACGAACAGCUGCCAACGUGCAAGGCACCAAGAGCUUCAACUCCAUCAGAUACAGCACCGACGGAAGUUGUCUGCUCGCCGGCGGCAACAGCAAGUACAUUUGUCUAUACUCGGUUACCACCAUGGUCCUGCUCAAGAAAUUCACCGUCAGCGUGAACCUCUCUCUCUCGGGAACCCAAGAAUUCCUCAACAGCAAGCGCCUCACCGAAGCCGGACCGAUGGACGAACUAGACGACCAAGGCGAGGCAUCCGACCGGGAAGACCGCGUCGAUGCAGGCUUGCCCGGCUCAAAACGUGGCGGCGAUCCUUCAGCACGCAAGAAACUGCCCGCCGUUCGUGUCAAUGGCAUCGCCUUCUCACCUACAGGAACCGCCUUUUGCGCCGCCUCAACAGAGGGUCUUCUCAUAUACAGUCUGGACAACACAAUCCAGUUCGACCCGUUUGAUCUAAACAUGGAAAUCACACCCGCAUCAACACUAAACGUGCUCGAAGUCGAAAAAGACUACCUCAAGGCUCUGGUCAUGGCAUUCCGUCUCAACGAAGCCGGACUCAUCAAGCGUGUGUUCCAGGCCGUUCCACCAUCAGACAUUGCCCUCGUGGUAGGCGACUUGCCUACGGUCUACGUGUCAAGAUUACUGCGGUUCGUGGCCGCACAAACGGAGGAGUCACCGCACAUUGAGUUUUGUCUCCUGUGGAUAAAGGCGCUCGUCGACAAGCACGGCAAGUGGUUGACAGCAAAUAGGGGUAAAGUGGAUAUUGAGUUGCGGGUAGUUUCGCGGGCGGUGUCCAAGAUGAGGGAUGAGAUUCGGAGGCUGGCUGAUGAAAAUGUGUACAUGGUUGAUUAUUUGUUGGGACAGGCCGGGAAGGAUAUUGAGGGUAAGAGGGAUGUGGUGAAGGGUGAUGAGCGGAUGGCGAUUGAUUUGGCGGAUGGCGAGGAUGAGUCUGAUGAUAACGAUGAGUGGAUUGGAUUGGAAUAG